AUGGUACCAGCAACUAACUUAAUUAGCAGCGCUAAUCCAUUCACACAUGCUUUAAUUUUGCAAUUUUUAGAAUCAAACAAUUAUAAAAAUACUUUAGCAGAAUUCCGUAAAGAGGCCAAUGAAAUUAUCGAAAAUAAUCCUGAAUUAUUUAAUGAAUUGCCUUCUAAACCUUUGACCGCAAUCGUACAAGAUCAUAUUACAGAAGAAGUGAGAAAAGAGGUAGAGAAGCUGGAUUUGGAUAAAAG